UGGAUCCUCCUCGGUGCUCCUCCCCUGUCCGCGCGGCGAAUGGUUCGCGCCGGCCUAUAUUAACCCGAGAUCUUCCUCCCGGACCGCAAUGAUGUGAGGCGAGCGAGCCGGCCACCGCGUGUACGACCACAGAGGGCGCGCUACAGACCGCCGAGAACCCCGAAGCGGAGUCGGACGCCCCCGGAGGGAAGCAAUGAGGUAGCGACAGUCCCUGGAACUGACAAUGCGCGCGUCCUGCUCCCGGAGCCCCGCGCUACCCUGGCCAAGCCGGCUGAGCGCUAGUCCCGGGUGUCCCCUCGGAGCGAGGAUGCAGUGAGCCGCGGGACUGCUGUGCCUGGCCCGCCGCGGCCAGCCGGACCACUCGGACAGCACUUAGGGCAAGCUGCUUAUUCCGGGACCAGCCCAACCGAGGGGCUCGCCCUCUCCUGCACCCACUAGGGUGGGGAGCCCCGGCUCCUGGGCGCACUGCUGUAGUUUCCGCGGCUCCUGGCCCUGGCCCAAGACUUGUGUGUGUGUCACGUUCGCUGAAGAAGAGUUCCUGCUUAUUCUCUAACCACCCUGUGUGCUUUGGCCGAGCUCCCCCCGUCUCCCCCCCCGCUUCUAUUUAUUUGCACGCACUCAUAUGGCUUUUUUCUAAAAUAUUUUCCGCUCCGCUCUCUUAUUUUGUUGCUUGUCUGAGACUUUUGUCCUGGUCCUCAUCUAGGCUUCUGUAAAAAUAUUCUCUCUCUCUCUCUCUCUCUCUCUCUCUCUCUCUCUCUCUCUCUCUCUCUCUCUCUCUCUCUCUCUCUCUCUCUCUCUCUCUCUCUCUCUCUCUCUCUCUCCUGAAUUUUUUUUUCGUUCUAAUAUUCUAUACCCCUCUCCCACACCCACUGCGGUGUUCUCAAACACUAUCUGGCCCCUGCUGCCUCCCUCUCUCUGUCCCAGUUGUGCUCCCAGCUCGAGUUUUAUUUAAGCGCAGCCGGGGCUGGUGGCCCUGCGGGGCUCGCACGCCGCGCUCGGCCGCCGCCGCCCAGCCGCUCCUGGGCGUCCUCCGGAGAUGCUGCCGUGGAAGAAGCACAAGUUCGAGCUGCUGGCCGAGGCGCCGCCGCGGCAGGCGUCCAAGCCUAAGGGCUACGCUGUGAGCCUGCACUACUCCGCACUUAGCUCCUUGGCUAGGGCCUGCCCGGAAGGCGCGCUCAGUCGGGUGGGCAGCAUGUUCCGCUCCAAGCGCAAGAAGCUGCACAUCACCAGUGAGGACCCCACUUACACCGUGCUCUACCUGGGUAAUGCUACCACCAUCCAAGCGCGCGGCGACGGUUGCACGGACCUAGCGGUGGGCAAGAUCUGGAGCAAGAGCGAGGCAGGCCGUCAAGGAACGAAGAUGAAGCUGACGGUGAGCGCACAAGGCAUCCGCAUGGUGCACGCCGAGGAGCGAGCGCUGCGGCGCCCGGGCCACCUCUACCUGCUGCACCGUGUCACUUACUGUGUGGCAGACGCGCGGUUGCCCAAAGUCUUCGCCUGGGUGUACCGGCAUGAGCUGAAGCACAAGGCGGUAAUGUUACGCUGCCACGCGGUGCUUGUAUCCAAGCCCGAGAAGGCUCAGGCCAUGGCCCUGCUGCUCUACCAGACGUCUGCCAACGCUCUGGCAGAGUUUAAACGUCUAAAGCGGCGGGACGAUGCGCGUCACCAGCAGCAGGAGCUGGUGGGUGCACACACCAUCCCGCUAGUGCCGCUGCGUAAGCUGCUCUUGCACGGACCUUGCUGUUACAAGCCGCCAGUGGAGCGCAGUCGCAGCGCUCCCAAGCUAGGCUCUAUCACCGAGGACCUGCUUGGGGAACAGCAGGAGGAGGAGCUGCAGGAGGAAGAAGAGGAGCACCUCGAGGACUGCCUGGAGGAGGAGGAAGAAGAGAACCAUGUGGGGGAUGGGGACCCAGCAGAGGAAGAGGCCGAGGCGCAGAGGGCGCUGGUGGUGGCUAUGCACUUGGAAUGUGGGGACUUGCUGGACCCGCUGGAGAAUGGCCACGAGGAGGCAUUGCGGGGCAACGAAGUCUCGCUGGGCCCCAGCUCCGGGACAUCACCUCCUUUGCCGGGCUGUGCCUCCGACAUGAAGGCCCAACUGUCACAGCUUAUUAGUGACCUGGGCGACCUCAGCUUUGGCAAUGAUGUGCGCACCCUGGAGUCCGAUUUAAGGGUGACACGCCUGCUGUCGGGCGAGAGCACGGGCAGUGAGAGCUCCAUCGAGGGCGGAGGCCUGGACGCCCCCUCUGCCACCUCUGGCAACCCGUCGGGUCCUGCUGAUAGCACCAGCCUAGAUGAGCCCUACUCCGGCUAAGCUCCCAGAAAACUUCUCUGUGCACCUGGCACCCCAGUCUAGUACUGUUCCCCCUAACCUCCAGGAAAGGGACAUUUAUGCACCCGAGGUCCAGACCUGAGUUUGGAGGUCCCAGGGGCUGCUUCUCUCCCAUCUUGCCCCAGCAUUUUUGGCUAUGAGAUGGUUCAGGAGAGAGAGGCACUACAAUCGAAAGAUAGACAGGCCCUCGGGGUGGGUGAAACUGUGGAAACGGGAAAGCUGGCUGAAGUUGGAAACGGCCAAGGGCGGGCUAGAGGUGCCCAGCAGCCAGUUUCCUGUUUGUGAGGCAGCUGGGGCUUGGGAAGGAGGGGUAACUUCCUCUCCAGACCCCCUGACUGGAAGGCCUCUCUCUCAUCAAUAUCUCAUUAACAGAGUCACUCUGAUAAUAUUGGAGGCUCUGCUGGCACUUGUUUGCCUGCCCCCAGCUCUUUUCAUUAUGAGAACUCGGACUGUUUACCUCAGACUAAAAACUCUUGAAAGUAUGCCAAAUUUCUCAAAUAACUGUACUGGGGAGGGCAGGGUAUGAAAGUUGUGUUUUGUUUACAGUUAAAGACAUCUAAUAUCUAAAAAAAAAAAAGGAUUUUUCCUUUAGAAACACACACCUUCCUCCUUUCCCAAAGAGCGUAUACUCCAUGAUGCUGUGUAAAAUAGUUUUGCACCUUUGUGAAGUAUUUUUGACUUUUUUUUGUACAUAACUGUUGUUCUCAGAGCUGAAUGUUUAUAUAUCUUUUGCUGUGCAAAAGAUAGCUGUAAAAUGUUGUUCAGUUGUAUAUACGGAAAUGUGUAUAAAACAUUUUGUUAUUUUUUGA